AUGACAGCUGUAGCGAAUCGUGUCUGUUUGAUUGUCAUCGAUGGCUGGGGCCUUUCAGAGGAGUCCGAUGGAAAUGCGAUUAUGCAUGCCAAGACACCUGUCAUGGAUUCACUAUGCUCUGGAAACUGGACACAGAUCGAAGCGCACGGCCUUCAUGUCGGUCUCCCAGAAGGACUUAUGGGUAAUUCUGAGGUUGGUCACCUUAACAUCGGUUCCGGCCGUCCAAUUUACCAAGACAUUGUGCGUAUCAAUCUCGCCAUCAAGAACGAUACUCUGGUGAAAAAUGAGACGCUGAUAGCUGCGUGUAACCGUGCCAAGGGUAGCAACGGUCGUAUUCAUCUAGCUGGUCUUGUUUCUGAUGGAGGAGUGCAUUCCCACAUAGAUCAUCUGUUCGCUUUGAUAAAAUGCAUCAAGCAACUGGGUGUACCGGAAUGCUUCCUUCAUUUUUACGGAGAUGGUCGUGACACUUCGCCGACUAGUGGGGUUGGCUUCCUCGAGAAGACCAUUGCCUUUAUGAAGGAGCAAUCCUAUUGCCAUUUGGCAACCAUUGUUGGACGUUACUACGCGAUGGACCGUGAUAAGCGUUGGGAACGAAUUUGCGUGGCCUAUGAAGCUAUGAUUGGAGGAAAAGGCGAGGCGUGCUCUGUUGACGAGGUACCUUCAACAGCUACAUACACUAUUUGGUGA